AUGAGCCGGCAGUGGGCCAUCGUUCUACUCGCAGCGACCUUUGGGUUCGCACUGCAGGUCCCUCUCCAAGCGCCCAUCGACCAGACACUCGCUUCUGAGUCUCGCAACGCCUCGAGAUGGAGAUUCGAUGCUCCUCUUUCGUCCACGAACACCACGAGCAACCUCAUCUUUGACGGCGUCAGCUCCCUUCUGCAGCAAUGGGGUAACACUCGGUAUCGUAAUGGCCACAACAUUGUCCCAGUGACAAUCCCAGUGGGCACGAUCUUCUACCACGGUACUACACAAAAGGUGGUACCGACAACUCCAGAAUGGGUCGCAACGGACCCGGAACACGCGUAUCCGUUUUGUCAAGUCGCCGAAGGGGAGAAGGGAUGCUGGAGUCUGACAGUAGCAGCUGCCCGACCGUUGAACAUCCUCUACUUCGAUGGCGCAAGCGCGGCGAAGCUUUACGGUCCUCUUGAUACCCAAGAUCUAAUCGCGUUUGGGGAAGUGAUUGAUAACCCAGAAAGAGCAUUCGAAGAGUACACCAGAAUCGAGAGGCUUUGUUCGUGGGGGAAGAAAUACAAUCUAGAUGGCUUCAUGCGGAUGGGAGUUGAUUUCGAAUUGAUGAUCUGCGACUUCCAAAGCAGCUUCGAAGUUGUGUCCUUCGUCAAGCUCGUUCCUGGUUUUCCUCCUCCUCCGGCUGUCCUCAAGAAGCCCUCCCUUGCCGCUUUCCGAAUGCUCGAAGCCGGCCAAAUGCACAAUCACUUCCCAGGAGAAACGCGAGCACAGCUCGACUUGACGCGCCUUGUGUCCCUGUACGACACAGAGCUAUUCCCCUCUCUCGUCAAGGGCCGUGAAGGACAGGAGAGAUGGUUCCAUCGCGCUGCUGGGAUUGGAAAGGACGACAGGGAACGCCUCAUGCAGCACCUUGACGAUGUUCUAUCUGCCAAACCGAGCCGAAGCAAUAUCGACUGGACGAGCAUCUACCGGGUCGUCAUUCAUCGCUACGCAGAUCGGCUGGAGGUGCUGCAGUCCAUGUUCCAGUCCAAACCACCAGCAUCUGAAAUCGUUGGUCGUGCAAAGAAGACCGUCGACGUUUUCGAGUAUGUGGAAAGCAUGCUUUACCCCUAUAUCCUUUACGGCGUUGAACCACCAUCGUCGACGGCUCACCAGAAUGGAGGAUCUCACGAUUGGGCCAUCCCGGUGUUCGAGCGAUGUGCGACCUUGAAUACCGCCUUCAUCUCAAGUAAAGUUACGCUUUCGUCCUCUGAGAAGCUCCUCUUGCGCGCUGUAAACGAUGUUUUAUAUGAAAUCUGCCGGGCAUUGGUUGGGAUAUGGGCGGAGGGCAGAGAGAUCGGAUACGGGGGGAAUCCGGAAAUCGAAGAGAGGCGGAACAGCUUAACUGACCAUGGAACGCUGGGGAAAUGGGAGAACGAAGUCGACAAACUAAUCUCGUGGCUCGACUGGAGUGUUAUGAUUAAAUGCAGACCUACCUGCGGAUUCGAGGAGAUGUGUUACCUCCCUACCUGGCCUUUCUGGCCAGCUGAAGGUCUGAUUUAUCCCCCAAAGACACAAGAAGAGCGCUGGGGUUGGGUGAAGGAGUCCAGCGCUUUAUAUGCAAGAAGCCGCGCCACUUCAAAUGUAUCAGACCCAAGUGACUAUUGGAUGAAGCCCCAAACCGAGUGUCUGAGGCGGGUGGUGCCUUUGGAGGUACCUGGCCCAAAGAAAUAA